AUGUCUGUCUCUAUUCAGAACAGAACCAUAGAGUUUCACAAAUGUGUCAACACAUACGAAAAGAUAAAUAGAAAACAACAACAUCAAAGUAAUGCCAGAAUAAAGCCACAAGCUCAAGACCAACCACACAAGAAAUCUCAUUUCAGCCAACAAGCCAGUAUUAUCGCCAAAGAUAUAUCACAUGUUACUGAACUAUUAAGUAAGCUUGCUUUAUUGGCCAAGAGAAAGCCAAUAUUUGAUGAUAAACCCAUAGAGAUUGGUGAAUUAACAUAUGUUAUUAAACAAGAUAUAUUCAAGAUUGAAACUAGUAUUCAAAAUUUACAAAAGUACAUGAAGGGAGAAUCGUCAAUAACUGUUGACUCUCAAACCAGUCAAUUUAGUAAAAAUGUUCUUACUUUGUUAAACUCCAAAAUGAAGAACGUUUCAGGGGAAUUCAAAAAUGUAUUGGAAAUUAGGCAAAAGAAUGAAAUAAUGAACAAGAAUAGACAGGAAAAUUUCUUAUCUUCUGUAUCAAAUAGUCGAAGGUUGAAUAGUGCAUCACCAUUGAAUGUGGAUAGAAAUGAAUCUGCCAACGACUCCUUGAGUAACUUGAAUGAAAACCCCUUUUUAUUAGGCAGUGGACCCCAAUCAUCAAACAACAACAAAUUAUCAGAUGUUGAUCCUGAAAUUAUGUCUCCUUACGACAAUGGACAAUAUUUAUCUCUACCUGAUCAACAACAACAACAAAUGCUUUUAAUGGAGGAACAAAAUUCAGGUCAACAAUAUUUACAGCUGAGAAAUAGAGCAGUUGAAAGUAUAGAAAGUACAAUUAAUGAAGUAGGGAAUUUGUUUCAACAAUUGGCUACUAUGGUUAGUGAACAAGGAGAACAAAUUCAGCGUAUUGAUGCUAAUGUUGAAGAUAUAAAUUUGAAUAUUAGUGGUGCUCAACGAGAAUUACUAAAGUAUUAUGCACACAUUACUAAUAAUAGAUGGUUAUUUUUAAAAAUCUUUGGAGUUUUGAUUAUAUUCUUCUUCUUAUGGGUCUUGGUAAGUUAA